AGGAUUUUUAAUUGAGGAUACACUCUUCGUUUACUUGUAGCGUGUAUAGGACUGGGAUAUCAGAUCUUUUUUUUCUUUUUUGUACAAGAGACGAAAAGGAUUGCAAAAUAAAAAGAGUUACCGGAGUUCAGGAGGCAAGGGGGGGACGCGUACUUAUUAGAUGUGAAGCUAUUUAAAGUCAGUAUAAGCCCAGGUUGCACCUUGCGGAGGCUGUACUCUUUUUUUUGGGGGAAAACGCGUAAUCCUUUACGCGCGGUGGAAACGCAAAGCUGGAGCGAAGCUUUUACGGUCUUGGACGCGCGAUGCUGAUCGGUACCACCGCCCAGGCCAGCCCUCUCCUGGCCUCCCUGCCCGUCCCGGGGCGGGCCCUGCAGCCACAGCUGGACCUUAAGCACUUCCUGCCGUUCAGACUCAACGGCUCGUCGCCCCUCAGCCUCUUCCCCAACUUCAACACAAUGGACCCUGUGCAGAAGGCUGUGAUCAACCAUACAUUUGGUGUCCCCCAGCCUCUCAAGAAAAAGCAAAUUAUCUCCUGCAACAUCUGCCACUUGCGUUUCAACUCCACGAACCAGGCAGAGGCCCACUACAAGGGACACAAGCACGCCCGUAAGCUAAAAGCCAUCGAGGCCCAGAAGAACCGCCAGCGCCGGUCCGGGGAAGCCUCGUCCGCCGGGAGGGAUCGGGACCGCGAGAGAGACCGCGAGAGAGACCGCGACCGCGAGAGGAACAAGACCACCACCAUCCCCGAGACGCCGCCCAGCUUGAUGGAGGGAGCAAGUAUCAUCAGUCUGCCCGCUCUGGAAGCGCCCGACCAGGAGGUGAAGAUGGAGGAGAGCCCCCCCAGCAGCUCAGCCAUGCUGACGCCCGAGUCCGAGGUCUCCUCCGGGGACUCCGUGGCUCUGUCGCCUCCCCAGGUGUCCCCCUCCCCACAGCAGCCCUCCGAGACCGCCUCCGACGCCGGGACCCCAGAGUCCGUCGGUUCCGUGGGCACGGACCCGGGGACCGACCCGGGGACCGACCCGGGCACGGUGAGCCCCGGGCUGACCAUGCCCGCGGAGGGUGAGGCGUGCACGGAGGAAGACAAGGACGACGCCAUGAAGGGCAAAGCACACCUCCACUGCCCGGUCUGCAAGGUCACAGUCAACUCCACCUCUCAACUGGACGCUCACAACACCGGCACCAAGCACAAACUGAUGCUGGAGGGUCAGCCUGUGCAGCCGCGGCGCCGGGGCAAAGCGGUGGCGGCCCGGUCCGCCUGCAAGAGCAAGCGGCUGGGCACCAAGGGCAGCGUGGGGGUGCCCAGCAAGAACUUCCAGUGUGAGGUGUGCGAGAUCUUCGUCAACUCCGAGACCCAGCUCAGUCAGCACAUGAACAGCAGGAGGCACAAGGACCGAUUGGCAGGCAAACCCCCCAAACCCAAGUUCACCCCCCACAACAAGACCCCGCAGAGCACCAGCUUAGCGAGCGUCCGGUGGAGUGGCUAUGCGGGCGGGGCGGUGUCGGCCAUGAAGAAAGUGUUCAGCCAAUACAACCUCACCUCCCUCUCCUCGCAGACCAAGCUGGCCUUGCAGAAGCAGCUCACCAAGACCCUGACCGCCACGAGCUUCCUGCCCAGCGCGCUCACCCAGCCGGCACUGUGCGCAAUGGCUGCCAACCCCCUGGCCCUGAGGCACCCGGGCGGCACCACCACCUUCAUCCAGAACCCCUUCCUGGGACCCACACUGUUCCGGCCCGCCCCAGGGCCUCUGAGGGCCACGCACACGCCCAUCCUCUUCUCCCCCUACUGA